AUGGCCCCCUUACAAACGUCCCUCAUUUGGAUCGUAUACGCAAUUGCGAUAGCUAUACUGAUAGCAGUAGCCUCCAUCUUCAUCUAUGUGUAUCAAACGCCUCGCGAUCGCUCUCCCUCGGUAACGUUGACUUGCAUCUUUGCCAUCACCACUCUGUUGGCGACUGUUCUCCUGCUGCCCGUUGAUGUCGCUUUGGUUUCAUCCACAACUUCUUCAGCCUUGGGUCGGCGCAAAGACUGGGCUUCUCAGGAUGUGGUGGACAGAAUAACGUAUUCCUUGACGAUAGUAUACUAUUUACUCUACUCCUUGGAUGCCGUCCUUUGCCUGCUCGUGAUUCCUUUCACCUACUUCUUCUACGAAGAAUAUGACGAGGUCGCUACCGAAUCUGGAGAACAAACUAUUUUGAAGCGCUUUUGGAGUGCUUUCAAGUAUACUAUAUGCUUCAUGGCAAUCAUAGUUAUAUUGUUCCUCGUCGGCUUCUUUGUUCCUGUUUCGAAGAACAAAGACGGUCAAGACUUGGACUACUUCAAGAAACUGUUGACCGAGAAUCAUGGAGAGCGUGCGCUUACAUUUACUCUCGGAUUGUUGACGACAAUCGGGUUAUGCCUAUACGUCUUGUACACCUCGUCGGGCCUUGCUCUACUCCCCAUCAGUUUGAUCAAAACAGCCCCUUCAUUUUCGAAUCCGAACAUAAAAGCGACCACCUGUAUGCAGCUUGACAGCAAUCGAGAACGGCAACGCCAGCUAGAAGGUCGAUGUGGGGGUAAUCCUGAUGUCCUGUCUUCGAAGGAUCGCAGAGAGUUGGAUACACUCGUGCGAGAAGAAAGGACUUUGAUUCGAAGACAACGGCUUGUGGAAGAGGCCCGGGGAGAAGGUCAAAGCUGGCUAAUGAAGGCGUGCGUCAAAAUUGAAGCUGUCUUCCGCCCAGUUAAAUUGCUGGGUGGUCUUUUUUUGCUACUAAUAGCAUUCGCAACCUGGGUAUCAAUGACACUGACGGCAAUUGACAAGGCUAAAAAUUCAGUCUGCAAGCACCGCUGUGGGUAUAUUCUUGGGCACAUCAAUUUUUUCAACCCAGUCAACUGGAUUUUCGUGCAAUCUGCCAAGGUAUUCCCGGUCGACUAUGUCAUUUUCACUAUCCUUGCGUUGCUAUUCUUCAACAGCUCCGUUAUUGGUAUUGCUUCUAUUGGCAUUCGAUUCCUUUGGAUUAGAAUCUUCCAGAUUAGAAAGGGCCAUACCUCUCCGCAGGCGCUUCUCUUGGCGACGGCUAUGUUAAUGCUGACUGCCCUGGCUUUGAACUAUUCUUUGUCUAUGGUGGUUGCUCCUCAAUAUGCCACGUUUGGGCCACAAAAAUUCUGCGAUCGCCAUCCUGGGCUCCUCAAUGGACAACCCGAUUGUUCUAAUAGCAAACAUCUCAUCAAACCAUGCUCGGAGCUGGCAAAUAAUUCGGCUGCGAAACGGGUAUGUACACCCAGCGUGGCUAGUACAUUCCUCAACCGAGUAACGAUAAAUUUCCCCUUCUUUGGCAUCGUAUUCUUCUGGGCUCAAUUCAUUUUUCUUGGUAUUUAUCUCAUCGUCUUUGUCACUUCAAUGUUCCGCUCCCCCAAGUUGGACGAACACCAGCUUGACGAGGAUGCAGAGGAGGCCGAAGAGGAAGGUCUUUUAGCGAGCACCGGAAGACGUUUCGAUGCUACCUGGCAGGAUGUUACGGGCAGAGCUGCUAGGAGAAAUGAUAGGUGA